CUUUUUUUCUAGAAUAAUAAUUAAAUGUGUUAUACCUUUUAGGUAUAUAUUUUCUGUGUAAUAGGAUAACGUUUUUAUUAUAUUUAAGAAGUUUUUUAAACAAUUAUCACCUACCAAAUUCAGUUAUGGCCAUGACGGGCGGCGGUGUUGAACUGGUGCACCCGCCGUGCUUUCACCACCGUUCUAAGACUACCUCAUGGACUGAACAACCGACGAGGCUUCCAAUCUGUGCAGCAUUGAGUAAACAAGGUCACCGGUUUCUUACAUCAGUCGCAACAACCGACGAUCCGGCAACCACCGCUCGGCUGAUUCGGAAAUUCGUCGCUUCUUCCUCUAAAUCCGUAGCUCUCGACGCCAUCUCUCACCUCGUUACUCCGGUCAACACCUCCUUCUCUCGUCUCUCUCCUCUCGCAUUCCCUUUAUACUACGAGAUUAAUAAAGCAUCAUGGUUCAAUUGGAACGCUAAGCUAAUAGCCGAUGUCAUUGCUUCACUCCACAAUCAUCAACGCUUUAACGAGGCACAAACCCUAAUUUCAGAAGUGGAAACAAAAUUAGGGAGUAAAGAACGCGAUAUCUGUAACUUCUAUUGUAACCUAAUGGAUUCCCACUCGAAGCACCAAUCGAAGCAAGGAAUACUUGAUUCCUACGAACGUAUAAAACAACUUCCUUCACAUUCUUCAUCUAUUUACCUUAAAAAGCGCUCCUACGAAUCAAUCAUCGGGUGUUUAUCUGUAAUCAAUCUACCCAAUCAAGCUGAGAGUUUAAUGGUAGAGAUGAAGAACAAAGGACUCAAAGCUUCCAUCUUUGAGUAUAGAUCAAUAAGUUAUGCAUAUGGAAGAUUAGGCUUGUUUGAAGAUAUGAAAAGAGUCAUAGCCUUGAUGGAAAACGAAGGUUUUGAGUUAGAUUUGAUUAUGUCAAAUAUGGUCCUUUCAUCAUUAGGGCUCCACAAUGAGCUUCUGGAAAUGGCCUCAUGGCUGAAAAGAAUGAAAAGAUCAAAGACAUUGUUCUCCGUUAGAACUUAUAACUCGGUUUUGAAUCAUUGUCCUACCAUAAUGUCAAUUGUAGAGCACCCAAAAGAGAUGAAGCCAAUUUCAUUAGAAGAAUUGCUUAAAAACUUGAAAGAUGAUGAAUCUAGUGUAAUCCAAGAGUUGGUUGACCCAUUGGUUUUGGGUGAGUCAAUGGAGUUGACUUCUUUAGAACUUAAGCUUGAUUUACAUGGGAUGCAUUUAGGGUCUGCUUAUUUGAUUCUAUUACAAUGGUUUGAUGAUCUUAGAAUUAGAUAUGGAACAAAAAAUGAUGGGAUUCCAAAUAAGGUUACAGUUGUAUGUGGUGUAGGGAAGCAUAGUGUUGUGAGAGGUGAAUCUCCUGUGAAAGAAUUGGUUAAAGAGAUGAUGAGGCAAAUGAAAAGUCCGUUGAAGAUUGAUAGAAAGAAUGUUGGAUGUUUUGUUGCCCAUGGAAAAGUGUUCAUGAAUUGGCUAUGUCAUAGUUUUCCUACAUAAUCCAAGCAAAAUCUUUUUUUUUUAUCUUUUUGUUAUCCAAUUAUUUGACAUAUCCACAUUUAGUCAUUUUGCAACUUUUUUUA